GUGCUGCUUCCUGUGAUGUCAUCCCCUCUCGCAAGGCGAGCCCAGAAGAUGAGGCUGCCCUUUUUAACACAAAAGGGACAGCUGGAGGUGCCGUCCCCAACAGAGAAGGACUUGCUGAAGGAGGAUGCAGGGGUUUGUGUCUUCAAGGAUCCACAUGAGGAGUUGCACUCCCUGCCUCAGCCUUACCGAAUGAUCAACAAGCUGGUGAACCUCCUGUUCGACCAGUCGUGGGAAAUUAUCGAGGAGAGGGACAGGCUGCGGGAGGCUGAGCUCAGCCGGGUCCAGCCCACCAUCUACCCUCCAGUUUUCCAGAGCAAGCUCAACAACGUGCCAAAUUGUAUGGCUAUUUCCCAAGACUAUGUGUUUAUUGGAGGAGCCAAAGGAUUCUCCAUCUAUAGUCUGUACAAUGCUAAACAAAUAUAUGUUUGGGAUAAACUGAAGGUUGGAGUCACGUCCAUCUGGGCCACAGAUUUGGGGACCGAAGUACUUGUUGCUCCUGUGGAUGGAAUGGGUAUCAUUAGACUGUUCUACCUUUACAAGGAUGGUCUUUUCUUCAUCAAAACUAUCAAUGAAGCGGAUGACACCAGCAAGCAAAUGCCCUGUAUCAAUUUGGAGAUCUCUUAUGGAGGGGACUUUGCAGCUUUCCUCCUCCAAGGAGCUGGGGAUACUUGGCUGGAUGUGUACAAAUUGCCCAAGGAGUCUUGGCUCAAGGAGGUGGAACACCCUCAAGUCACUACAAAUCCAAAGAAAAAAGUCAAACAGCCCCAACUGAACACUCUUGAUCCCAUGGCUUCAGAUAAUUUAGAAAUGGAUGUAAACGUUUGUUUUAGAGGGGACGUUAAGCUGAGUGUUCCAGUUCACAUAAUGAAGAUCAAACCGCCCAAACCAAUUACAGGGACCACAUUCAAGAGCCCCCUGGAAGUCUUUGCAAAGGUCGAGGGCUGCUACGGGCUGGGCUCAGGGCACAACCACUUCAUCAAGGACAGCCAGUGGGAGCAGCAGGCCGCCAUCUUCAACGCCAUGUACAAGGAGUCCCUGGACGGGGACAGCGAGGAGGGGCCGCCCAGUAUGGCCACGUUCCACUUCCUCCUCGCGAGCUGCGUGAUUCAGAUGCCAGCAGAGGUCAAGAGCCCCUCAGGGGUGGCCGGUGUCAUUGGUGUACACUGGAUGGGACACCACAACUUCUUCCUCUAUUCACUGAACAGAACCCUGAAGGAUAAAGUCGAGCCCGAGGGCGUGUGGCCCUGUGCCGCGCCCAUUGCCCUGUCUCUGCUCAGCUGCUGCUGCUCCUACCUGGUGCUGGCCUGCGAGGACGGCGUGCUCACACUGUGGGACCUGGCCAAAGGGUCCCCUCUCGGCGUGGUCGCUCUUCCUGAGGGAUGUGUCUGCCAAAGCAUUCACUUCCUGAAAUGGUUCGUAGUCCAUGAAGGACGGAACGUGUAUCCCGAGGGUCCAGUGACAUCCCAAGUGACCUGUGUGGUGCUGUGCACAGACGCUUCUCUCCACCUGGUGGCUGCCAGCAGGACCCAAGGACCCACAAUCCGCACGCUGGUUGAGAGGCCAGCGAAGCACCCGGACGAAGCUGUCUGCGCAGUGGCCCCGGUCCAACCCUUACCUGGCAUGGUGCUGGUCUUCUCCAGGAACGGCUCUGUGCACCUGCUGGAUGUGGCUGGGCCUCAGAUCGUCUGCGGCUUUGCUCCCCCCCGACCCUUCCACCUGGCAGCCCCCUGGAAGCCUGUGUUUGUCGUGUCUGCGCACCAGCCGUAUUUCCUGCUCCGAGGGGACCGUCCAGAUGGAGCGGAGGCCACCAGCGAGGCCAGGGACAUCCCCAAAUCUGUCUUCUAUUUUCAUUUUGCUGCCUACCCGCUGCUGGAGGACAUCUCAAGAAACUGCAGCAUCCCUCAGGCUGACCUGCCGGGCAGCGCGUCCUGGCCCCAGGCACUGUCCUUGGAGGAGAGAUGCGAGAGCUUCCUCCAGAAGAGGUUUCAGAAGCUGGAGCACCAGGUGAAGGAGCAGGAGCACUGGACCCGGCUGCGGAGGUAUUCCUUGCUCCUCCAGAGAGAGAACGUCAAGAAGUGA